UACCCCCUGCAACAGACUGUGCCGGAGACAUAAACAAUAAAUAAUUUCACGGAUUAAUUAGACAUCGUAAUAGACUUAAUUGAAAGUUGUAAUUAAAGUAAAGUCGUAACUUGUUACUGCUUUCCUCACAGGCUGACAAGGGCCCAUUCGUGGGGAAAUAAAUUUCAUGAUGGCUACGUUCACGGGAAAAGAUGACGACUCCGAGACGGAGUCCUUUCUCAAUCACGAUAUAAUUGGUCACUUGUCCAGCUAUUUGUGUACCAAGGACAUAAAAACGUGCCGAUUGGUCUCCUCCUAUUGGAAUUACGGAGCCACCCCAGUUCUAAAAACGCGGACAAGUAUGGCGCUUCUCCUGUCGCCAGGAGAUUACGGGAAGAAGGACCCGUUUCCGGGAGGGGCACUGGAAACCUGGAAUAUUUCGGGGGCUGUCGAAAAGCUGAAAUUCUGCCCUACCAAAGCCACCCUACAGAUCCCGUCCAAUCCCGACAACCGUCUGGCGGAAUGCCCGGAUUUCUCAAUAUUUCCCCAAACCAACAAUUUGAAAUCGAUCUUUGUCGAGUUUCCGGCCGGAGAUCAGUUCCGUUGGCAGCACGAACUCGCCACAAAAUUUGUCCAGGCGGCGUCCACGACUUUGCAGGAAUUGGAAUUUGUUUCUAUCCGUGGGAACUUGAACAAGCGUGUUGCCCUGGAUUUCCCCUCCUUUGAGGGGAGCGUGUUCCCAAAAUUGAGGAAAUUGAGGGUAGAUAUUCACCAUAAGGAGGGUGCUGUUCCCCGAAUUUUGCAAGCUGUUACGACCUCAUUCCCAAAUCUGGAACGUCUCGCGACGCAAUGUAAACAAUUUGUGGAAAUUUUGGAAGCCGGACUAAUAUUAAACUGGCCAAAGUAAGUUAUUGUGUUGCAGAGUUGAGUCGGACAUGGGUUUUUUGACAAUUAGUGACCCGAUCCGGUCGUGUUUCUCAAAAUGUUGGUUUGACUCAAUCCUACAUAAUACAAAAGUAUGUUCUGUCUGACAAGGGACACUCACGACCUGUCGUUUGAGU